UCACACAAUGAGGGCCAAUAGGAAAAAAGCCUCCCAUUCUUGAGGAGGGAAGGAAGGGGCUGCUGCUGAUUCAAAGUAAGUCACAAGGCUUUACAGUCAGCGGAUCACUCUGACAGUCUCGCUGCACGCAAACACACACAGGACGCGCACACACUGAGCACCGUGAGAUGCUUUUGCCGUAAGACCCGCAGGCGCUCUCUCCGACCUUCAUCCAGGAGCCAAGAGAUGACAACAACAUGACUGACUACUCAUUGUUUUCAAGACUUUGACUCUGGAAGAAGAGCAAAGUGGGAGGGCGAGCCUCAGGGAGACUUACGGACUUUGUUGUCAUGGAAACCAGAGUCUGGCAGCGGACGCAAGGACAGCCGAAGGUGGAAUGACCUGUCCAGACCGCAUCCUUGACACGUUACUGUCACGCUGAGAGAAUGCUGUGGAGAAUAACCAUCGCGGUCUUACUGGCCGGAGUGCUGUGCGGCACGGCAGGAAGCAAAAAGACCCGGCCCCAGGGCCACAUCCCGUCGCCAUACAAGAGCAAAGGCAACCUGUCUUCCGAGCGCCACCAGCGGCUGGUGCAGCCCAAGCCCGAGGUGCUCUCGUCCAGCCGCGAGGCCUUGGUGGUGACCGAGCGCCGCUACCUGCGGCGGGACUGGUGCAAGACGCAACCCCUGCGCCAGACCAUCAGUGAGGACGGCUGCCGGAGCCGCACCGUGGUCAACCGCUUCUGCUACGGCCAGUGCAACUCCUUCUACAUCCCCCGGCACAUGGGACCCAGCGGCUCAGCCCACGGCCAGAACCGGGGACAGGGAAGAAAAGGCCACAGCAAGGCCCAGGAGCCCUUUCAGUCAUGCUCCUUCUGCAGGCCGCACCGCGUCACACAGCUCACAGUGCAGCUGGAUUGCCCUGAUCUGCAGCCGCCUUUCCGCCACCGCAAAGUGCAGCGGGUCAAACAGUGUCGCUGCAUGUCCGUGGACGUGAGCGGACACGGGAAGCUGUGAGAACCGUGGCGGGAAACUCACAGAUGAUGCCAAAAAUUAGCCUGCCUCUUUGCUUGGAACUGAAGACACUGAUGGACAAGUCCGGCACGUGUCAGUCUGGACCUGCCAUUUUCCUUUGCUGCCAAGGGAAGGAGUCCAAAAAUCGAAAGAAUAUCCUGGGCCCAAACUGUGAAAAGCUGUAGAAGACGUUCAGCCGGACUACUUUUCUGAAUCCUUCUCCUUGCCUUAAAUCUAUUGAGUGUUGCACAACAGGAGGCAACCCAAUAAAGACUUCCGCCUCUUUGGACACACAAGUAUACGAUAUACUGCUCAACAUGUUCUCACAAGUAUUUAGUAGGAAAUCACACAAUAACUACAAAUAUGAUAAAUAGAUAUUUCAAUGUCAAAAUUUUGUGAAUAAAAUAAUCUCAUUCCCAGAAACCUCCUAUACACAUUUUCUGGCCACGCCGUAGCUCCACCCCUGAACUCAUAUUUUCUAUAGCUAAAAUCUUUUUGUGCAAAAUCCUACUAAAUUCAUGUGAGAACAGGCUGUACUGCUGCAUGUGUAAUUAAAGUGCAAUGCAAUAUAUAAAACAAUAUCAACAUGUUAUGUAUGUAAGUGUGCAUUUGUGAAAAAGUACGUAUAUUAAAUCUAUUUCAUAUAAA